AGACCAGCGGUUGCUCCCAUUAGCCCUUCAGUUUCAAGAUGGCGGCGGCUCUUAGCACCGGUGAGUUUCCCGUUCAUGGCCUUUUACCCAAACGAGAAACCGGAGCCGACCGCUUUCUAGCUAAAUAUCCGGAGUACGAUGGACGUGGAAUUGUGAUCGCUAUUUUCGACACUGGUGUUGAUCCAGGAGCACCCGGCCUGCAGGUAGGACCUUAUGAUAACAUAAAAUUCUUUUAAGGGCAAUCAACUGUUCUUGUUCUAAAACAUUUUGACCUUUAGCUUAUAUUCUCCCCAUUUGUGGACUGUUUUUCUCGUUAGGAGAAAACAAGGAUCAUUUUAUUUUUAGCUUGUUUAUUCCUUUCAACGCAAAAGAUUUGACAGGUGUCAUUUUGGACAAACUUCCACUUGAGCUUUAAAAUUAAUUAUGCAUACAAUUUGGAGCCGUGUCAAGGUUUUUGGACAAUCCAGGCCACCAUAAAGGCUGCAUGUAACAGACCAACAUCAAGGCUCUUUUGACAGAAGGAAAAGGUUUCAAGAUCCUAUGGCAUUUUCACAGACAAGUUUAUUUUUCCAUCUGUUUGAUUUUGCUACAAUUUUAUUGUAUUAUUACAUAAGACUUAAGUCUAACAAACCAGUCUACAAACGUAAGUUCCGCAACUUCACCCUUUGCCCUAAUUUUAAUACACCUUCUGUUGCACCUGCAUCAACUGCUAAAUGCAAAGUAAACCCAGUGCAAAAAUUCUGCUCAUAAUACAAUGCUGUCAUUAGAUAAAGCGGUUUUCACUUGACUGUCGUAAAACACAAAGCUACUCUUGCUCGUCACGUGAGAAAAACAAAACCAAACCAAACCAAACUGUUUUCGAACGUGGCCUAUGAACACAGCUGUUCUUAGUAAGCAAGGGGAAAGCAUUCUUGUUUUAGAGGGUAACUGCAAGACAACCAGCUACACUAAGUUUGAACUAUAGGAGGAUUUGUAGGGGGCUACUUUCCUUGAGAGACCAGCUAGCCUUUAAUAAUGAAAGCCCUGAAAUAUGGUGUUUUUUAUGUCAAUUUUGGGUGAUAAUGUUUCUUUGAUAUCAUGCUCAUGGCAUAUACUGAUCACAAUCAUCUUUUCUUCUCUGUUUGCUAUGAUACUAUUUAAUUUGCAAUGAAGAGUGGCUAGAGGAGAGCUAUUAAUAUUAAUUUUCCUUCUAUACAACUGUAUGCAAGAUUAAACAGUGGUGUAAAAAAAAAUUAUCAGUGUGGUCAUAACAUGUGUAUGGUGUACUAUAGUGUACAUGCACAGAGUUAGUCAAGGAUGUAAAAAAUCAUAUCAGAGUGGUGAGAACUUUCAUUUUGUGAUAUCCAAUUAAAAAUUACGUAUUAGGAAACGCCGGAUGGACGACGUAAGAUUGUUGAUUUGAUUGAUGCCAGUGGAAGUGGUGAUGUUGAUACUUCUACCGUGUGUGAAGCCACAGAUGGUUACUUGAAUGGGCUGACUGGAAGAAAGCUAAAGGUUUGUUGUAUGUUUAUACUGAGUUCAUUCAUCUGUUAACUGCUAAGCUUACAAGUUAGAAUUCUUUAUCCUUGUCCAAGGGUUCUUAAUGUUUAAGCACAGUCUAACAUAAUUAACCAUUUCAUAAUACGUCAAAUACCAAAUUUCAUUGCUGAAAGCCUCCAGGCAAGCUGCACACUAAUAUAUUGGGUGUCCUGUGGUUCCUUGGGUGUCUUGUCACUGUUUAUAGGCGUUACAAUCUAAACUUUUGUAUCAGGAUGAUUUUUAGUAGAUAUGACCAGUGGUAUCAUUAUAAUAUUAAACAUAAAAUGAUCGUAACACACCUAUUAUGUCAGUCUCAUUGUGCUAAGUUUUGCAUAUUUUGGCAUGCACAAACAGUUUCAAAUUAUUUUUGUAUGACUGUAAACUGUUCAAUAAAGGCUGCCUAAUGAAUGUCAUAGACCUUAUAGGUUGCCAAAUUUUUAUUGCACAUUUUUUACAACUUUAAGUGAAAUAUUCUGAUCAAGGGCUACAUUCUCAUUCCAACUGCUUUGUCUUCCUCUGAAACAAGUGGAGAAUUUAGAGAAUGAUGUGCAAAGAGCCUUUUUCUACUCAACCCUUGAAUAAUACUUAUUUCAAUCAUUACCCCUUUAAUGUUAUUAUAAUUAUGAGUAAAAGAUUGUCUAUUCUUUAUACAGAUACCAGAUGACUGGGAGAACCCUUCUGGAAAGUAUCAUAUUGGAAUUAAAAGUGCGUACAGUUUAUUUCCAGCUAAACUGAAGGAGAGACGUGUGGUAAGUUACAAACUAUAGCAAAUCACCUGGGUAGUGUAGGAGCUGCUCGGAAGGUCUCUGCUAAUUGGUCGCAGGAAACAAUGACACGUCGUUCUCCCAACAAUUAUUGCUUUAGUAUUGUUCAGGGUCAGGGAAAUGCACCUUUGGCGACUUCUCUUCCUAGCAGCUGCUACAUGACCAAUCAUGUGGGAGCACAGAACCCCCAUCUCCCAUCUCUAGCACUGUUUAUCUGAAAGCUAGAACCAAGGGCAUGGCUGGGAUUGGGGGGUGAGGGAGGGGGGGGGAGAGGGGGAUAGGGUAUCUGUGACCCUAUUCAGGAAACAGUGAUUGUUAUAAAACAAACCGACAACAAUGUAGCCAUGCAUCAUGAAAAAAGCUGAUGAAGCUCUACAGAACUAGUGGCAUUUUUAACGAAUAUCCACUGAAGAAUCCUGAACACUGUGUUUUCAAAUUUAUAAGAUCUGAUGGGUUCAAGGGUGAUCCCAUCUUCUCAUAGGAUGAUGUCACUGAACCCCUUAUUGGCAAUCAUGUUUAUGCUAUAUACUCUCAGUCUUGGUUCUUGCUCUUGGUCCAUUGCUAGCCUUGUUGUUGUUUACUUUUCAGAAAGAGAGACGUGAUAAGCUUUGGAAUCCCUACCAUCAGGCAUGCAUGGCAGAGACAACAAGAAGGCUGGAUCAAUGGGAUGCAGAACACCCCAGUCCUUCUGCGGUAGGUUUAAUUUUUGUGUUCCUGUCAUUAGAAUUGCUAGUUAGACUUACAUUCCAGGGGAACAAGAGUGGCGCAGUGGUGUGAACAUUUCCUUCCCACCAUUGUGUUUCAUGUCUUGGUGUUGACGCCAUAUGUGGGUUGAGUUUUUUGUCAACUUGGUUCUUCCUUUGCUCUGAGAGGUUUUUGGCCUGGUACCUCCGUUUUCCCCUUUCUCCCAAACUAAAAUUUCCAAAUUCCAAUCUGACCAGGAAAGGUAGACGGAGAACCACUAUGUGGAUGUUGUCGAUAGAUGCUCUUGUUUGUUCUACCUGCAUAUAAACAUGCAAAUUGGUUGGUGGAAUGUUUACAUAAAAACAAAAGGUUAGUCAUUGAUAUGUUUUGAACACCCUUAAAAACAAGACAUCUAAAUUGGGGUUUAAAAUGUAAUUCAACAUUAUCUCAGAAGAUUUUCCGAGAAAUUUUCAGGGUUUGUUGCGUUACCAGCUGGAGGGACAACAUUUUCAAUUUUUACGGUAUUUUCAGUACACUGUAUGUCCUCCACCAUACUCUAAACUAUGACCCAUUACAUAGAGGUUAUGCUCAACGGUAUAGCCAGCACUUGUAUAAGGGUGGUGUGAAAACAACAUUUUAACCAAGAAAUGAAGAAAUUAUAGAGAAUGUGAAAGUGUGAAAAUGGUGAAGUGGGAGCAACAUAACUUUUCAUUCAUCUUUUUCUUGAUUCAUCAGCAAGAAAAAUUAAUCAAGGAAGAUCUUCAAGCUCAAGUAGAGAUGCUUACCAGCCUUGAUAAGAGCUACUCUGAUACUGGUCCAGUUUUUGACUGUGUUGUGUUUCAUGAUGGACACACUUGGAGGUUUGUAGAUAGUUAGAUAGAUACUGUUUUCAUUAGGGUUUCUCUUGAUAUUGUAUCCACAAAUAACAAUGCCACACAUGGCCCUCAACAAAAAUAAAACAGAUAAAAGUUAAUGAACCUUGAAAAAUAAAUUUAAAUCCAAGAAAGUCUUAUAUACAAAAAUAUAUAUAUAUUAUUUUCACAAGGAUUAUGUUCAUUAUCAAUAGCACACAUUAUCUCAGGUACGCUUGAAUCAGUUUCAGCGAAAAUGCACUGAUUGAAUGUGAUUCUUUGAUAUCUCUGGAGCUUGUUCCAGCUCCUAGCUGCUGAAAAGUUUAAAACAUUCUUGGCCAUACUAGUCCUAACUUUUGAGAGGAUCAAAUUAUGUUUUGGCCCCUUGUGUUUCUUGUAUUGUUAAGAUUGGUCGGAUGUAAUGCAGAAUAAUUGUUCUCUAUAGAUAGGGCACUCAUUUGUUACAUGGGCAAGUACAUGAAUGUGGAAGUGAAACCCACAGGCACCACAUGCUAAAUGUAACAUAUUGUUUACACUUUGUUGCCCACCACAUUGCUCGAUGUUGAACAAAUUAUGAGUUGGAUGAUGUUGAAGAAAGUUCAAUGUCAAUUGUACAUCAUUUUCAACAUUUCUCUUUACCACAGUUGUGAACAACACUGUGGCAUUCCUUUAGCUAUAUGGUUCAACACAUACUGUUGGACACAUGAUUGCUUCAAUGACUAAAGCUCUUUUAAUGUUGCCUCAUUAGGGCGUGUAUUGACACAUCUGAAAGUGGAGAUUUGGCCAGUUGUACUGUGUUGUCAAACUACAGGGAGUGUGGACAAUAUGCCACCUUUGGAAAAGAUGGUAAUACUGUCUAACAUUAUACUAACAUUGAAUGAUUAACUCACAGGCAAAGUCUCACAGUGACUUGAACUUUUCCUCAUCUUGUUUGAGCCUUUUUAGUACCCAAGAGACGGAGAAGGCUCCUUUAUUGUUGAGACAGGAUUGUUGUGUGGUGGUGAGGGGGACUUUCUGGGUGAAAAUUUUCUAUUUUUUAUUUUAUUAGAUUCGCCAAUUACUGGCAGGGACACUGCAACAGCAUGACGCCAAUUACUGUGGGCCCGUAACAGUCCCUCCCUCAUGAGAGAUAGACCACCACACCGGGGACUACGUCCCCUACUCUUUACGAACACUGUGUGGGUUCUUUAAUGUCCCACAGAAUUUAUAUAUGCAAGGUUCCUUAUCCGAGAAGACUAGAAAGUCUAACCGUUUGCAGCUGUCUUCAAAAAGGCAGUACUUUCUCCUCAGUAAUUUAAAGACCCUGAGUGUUGGUCUGGGUGGGACUUGAACCAGCAGCCUCCCGCUUGGAAGACAGGCGCUUAUCUAACUAAACUCACCGGGUGCCGGUUUUCUGGAAAGUUAUUGUCAAUAGUUAGCAGUAUGUUUUUAGCUUGGAUCUGUGGGUGUUAGAAUAACAGAAACAACCAGGCAUUAUCCAUUUAAUGGCAUAUAAUGGUUCUUUGUUGUUAUUAUAUCAUUUUCUUCAUGAUUUAUUUGAUUUAUUGGUAUUACAAUCUAUGGCACAAGAAAGUUAAAUUGAAUAUGUAUCAUAAUGUAUACACGUUUAAUCGACAUAUACCUGAUUAAAUGAAGGUUUCUUUGGGCAUUGGGCAAUUGCGCACUGGAAAAGCUAUUGUUUGGUGGUCACUCAAGCAAAUCAUUGCACUGAGUUCUGUAAAUGCAAACACCGAAUGCGCCAAAUUGUCAAAGCAACCUUGAUUGAAUAUUAAAGGUAUAAAUUAUGCAGAGUACUAAAUGAAUAAUAUUAAGCAUUCAAGUUGAUAUGUUUCAACCUGAAUACAUGUACUUAAUUCAGACUUAAAUGACUGGAUGCUUCCACAUUUUUCAGAUUUACUCAAUUAUAGUGUUAACAUUUAUGAAGAGGGCAAGGUAUUAUCCAUAGUGGCUAACGGAGGUGAGUUAAUAUGAACAGUUGUAAAAUAAUGACAUCACAUCUGACAAACCUCUUCAUAUUGAACUCCUAACCUUUAAGGCAAAGACCUUGAUUUAAGAAACAAUUAUUCCUUGCUAAAAAUCCACAGAUAUUGGAAGGAAAAUAAUUAGUACUGUAAAUCAACAAAAUCAUCUGAUGAAGACCUGCAGUACACAGGAGAAACAUUGUGAUCACUAUGUGACCGUCAUGAGACAAUUAAUGAUAAAGGAAACCCUUUAUACAUAUAUAAAGUGGAAUGAAUUUUUUUUCUGUCCCAUUUUAUAACUCACCAAGAAUAUGCUUUCUUUUGCAACAAGAUACCCUAAGUUGUCUAAUGACUGUUUGAGAGAAUUUUGAAUUCAAUAAAUCACUAGUCAAGGGUGUAAAACUUUUACAGUAGGACCUUGGCAACUUGAACUCGGAUAACUCGAACUCCCCGCUAACUCAAACUAAGGCCCAUUUCCCUUGGAUUUGAUCCUUUAUACUUUUCAGUCACUUUUACUUCGAUAACUCCAACUGGGAUACUCAAAUUCCCAACUAACUGGAACUAAGUUUUGUUUCCCUCGAUCAAAAUUUACCUUGGUAACUCGAAUUCUGGUUCUUGGAACUCACCAUGAAUGCCAUCCUGUUAGCUUUUCCUUACCCCUAAAACUAACAUGGCAGCAAUUUUUUUUUACUGGUUUUUAAUAAGUGCAACAAACAGAUCAUGUAUUUGACAGUCAUAAAAAUGCAUAAUCAUGUCACAAUUUCUGACUUGUACGCAGCUGUAUACUGAAGUGCUAAAAAUAUCAGUAAACUAUCAAAUUGAAUAUUACCAUGGGAAAUUGAAGAUUCAAUUGACCCCAAUAACUUAAACCCAUACUCACUCGAACUGUUUUUUGUUUCCCUUCAGGGUUUGAGUUACCAUUGUUCUAUUGUAUUAUUACUUAUGCAUUAUACCCCAGGAAUUGAUAUAUUGAUAACGUCAAACUUUCACGGGGAGAGUAAUAUUUUUUUAAUGUUCAAAAUGAAAAUCUGGGCUAAAAUUAUUUCAGACUAGUUUGAUUCUCUAUUUGCUGUACCAGAAACAAAAAAAGAACUAAAAGUUCAAAUUCAAAUUAGGUAGAGUCAGGGAUUACCGGUAUUGUUCUGUGUCUUACUUAUCAAUAUAAGAACGAGGAGGUAAAAAAAACUGAGAGACAAACAAGGCUGAAAUAAUUUUAACAGGGGAGAUCAGGGGAGCAAGGGAUGGUGCAGUGCUGAGAGUGUUCCCCUCCCACCAAUGUGGCCUGGUUCAAAUCCCGGCAUCAUGCAUACUUGGUUUGAGUUUGUUGUUGGUUCUCUCCUUUGCUAACAGAGGUUUUUCACCGGGUACUCCGGUUUUCCCCUCUCCUCAAAAACCAACGUUUUCAAAUUCCAAUUCAACCAGGAAUCAGGUAGACGAAGAACCACUUUGUGGCUGUGCUACCUCCAAAUCAUCAUGAAUUUCAUUUUGAACUGUGACAACUAUUUGUCAUUCAAGUAAUAAUACGUGUUUGUCAUUUAUUUACGAAGGUACCCACGGCACCCAUGUAGCCAGUAUAGCAGCCGGUUAUUGUGCAGAUGAUCCUGCACUGACGGGCGUGGCACCAGGUGCCCAGGUGGGUAAAGUUAGGUUCCAAUACAAAAGUACCACAUAACAGCUACAAGGGUAAUUCACUAAUUUUCCACUGGCUGAGUGUAAUGAAAGAAGUGGAAAAUGUUUUUCUCGCACACCACUGGGGGCCUGCUUAUAGGUCAUCCGACCGAAAGGGAGCAGUUGCUUUUGUUGUGUCUGCUAUUACUGACCUUCCCACCCACCCACCCUAAGAUUUUAGUUUUGUAGGCUGUUUAAAUGUAAUGUGCAACUUUGUAAUUUUGUUGUUUUUGUUGGUGUCUCAAAUGCACCUUUCUAGGGGUAUGUUAUGUGUAGAUUUUUAUGAAUUUGGAAUAAAGGUCAGGCUGCAGCAGUCAGCUUGGCAUGGCUACCAGUGGUGUGUGAGAAACAAUCAUACUUCAAGUACAUGAAAUUCUCUUGGGGUCCAAAGCACUUUAACCCAUUCGCUCCUGAGAAUUUCUGCCAAAAAACAUGUUUUGAAGCUGGUCACUGUCUGGCUAUAAAGAGCUAAAACUUACGUAAAAGCCAUUUACAGGUCACGCACUUUGAGGCCUUCUGUUCCAGAUGCAAAAUAUCAGCUUCCAAAAAUUGGAUGAGUGCAGAUCUUGAGAGCAAAAUUUUUUAAAUGAUAGUUUUUAAGUAUAAAGGGCAGAAGUCUCGGCUUUUACCUUUUGCUUUCCCUUCUUCCCACAUCUUUCACUUUUUGUGCCCAUUUUUUAUACUUUAUUUAUUUUGAGAGACCAGAAGAAAUUGCGAAAAAUCCCUUUGAAAUUUAGCUUGCGAAAGCUGAUUCAGGUGCUCAUAUUAAAGAAUCACAAAAAAAAUCGGCAGUACAAGUUUUCAAACAAAAACUGUUGGUAUAAACAUAUUCAGUUCAAUAAGCGCUAAUUUUACAUAUAGUGUUAAGUAACAUAAAUCUGCUACAUUACUUACUUAUGAGACAAUAUUCUGAUACUGAACACAAGUUUGGGUUAACUGUGUAUUUAUCAGAUUUUGUCAGUGAAAAUUGCUGAUACAAGACUGGACACAAUGGAGACAGGAGCUUCCAUGGUGAGAGGGGUAGGUACAGUAGUUUUUUUGUAUCUAACAUUAGUACCGACAGAUGAAAAGAAGAUGUGCUACCAUGUACAUAAUGCAUAUAUUUAAUCGUUUCACUUGUCUGUUGUGCUUUAAAGUCAUACUCUUCUUCUUGGAGGAAGGGGAAAGUUGACUCUUGUAGACCUAGUACAGGGACUUUUGUAUCCUUGGUUAUGUUAAGUUUUCACUUCACUGUUAACUGAAAACCUGUAAUGGUAUUGACAAAAAGAACUUCCUGGACAUUUAAUUGUACAGUAGGAAAAUUUUCAUUUGAGAACUGAUUUUUAUAUUAUUCUAAUAAUUAAGUCUUCUUUUUUUAUCUGUAGUUGAUUGCUGUCCACAAGUAUAAAUGUGACCUUAUCAACAUGAGCUAUGGAGAGGCCUGCCAAUGGCCCAACUCUGGGUAAAAACAGCUUUUCGUUUUUAGAAACUUGUAUUCUAGAAAUAAAGCUUCACUUGUUUUUCUUUGUGGUUCUUUUGCAUGUUUUUCUUUGUGUUUCUUUUUUUGGCAUGCACGUGACAUGAACAUGUCAUUGUUUUAGCAUAGUGUUUUCUAUGUUGAUAAAAAUAAUGUGCAAUGCUUUAAUAAAUAAGUAUUGUUGAUUUGAUGUGGUUAUACAUGUACUCUUGAAUUCUCCUCCAUUCUUUAUCCUUUAGUUCGUUUUAAUUAUUAUCAUAUGACCUUUAUAACUGCUUAACCACUGAUAUUUCAUGGAAACUUUGAUGCUGGUUCCUGUGGAAUGGUAAAGUUUGGGUGAGCAUAACACCUCCUGGAAGCAGAAAGAGUGUCUACAAUUGGAACUAGCUGGUUAUUAAAUGGGAAUGGUUCUUGUAAGCAGAGAGGUCAAUCAGGGUUUUGUAAUGGUGGUUAUGAGAAAGGAAUUAGUCAUUAGGAGUGUCCAUUAACGGAAAGCUUUGACCAUAGUGGAAUUUUAUUUCCUUCUUUCCCAAAUUAUUUGCCGUUGUUUAAAACUGACAUAUUUGUGUAAUGUACAUUUUUUACCCAGCCGAGUUAUUGAAUUGAUGAAUGAACUUGUGGACGAGCAUAAAGUAAUAUUUGUGUCCAGUGCUGGUAAUAAUGGCCCUGCUCUAUCCACGGUGGGCUGUCCAGGAGGAAGUGCAGAGUCUAUUAUCGGUAAAUUUAACUAGGUUUUACUGUGAAACUCACAGAACUGUGAACACCAGAAAUAUUUAUGGAAUGUUAUUGUGUUGCGAGAAAUAAUCCAAUAAGCCGCGAGAUAAUUAAACCGCAAGCAGCAACGGUAAUUAAUUUGUGGUUUUGAGGUUUGCUUGCAUAUCCUGAACUUUGUUGUGAUUGGCCGGUACACAAUCGACAUUCCUGAAAUUUUUAAGGUGUUCACGGUUUUCUGAGUUUGACAGUAAGUCUGUUUUUAAAUGUGAAAGUGAGUGGUUGUAAGGGGAAGGGAAUGGGGAUGGGGAAAUAGCCCAAGAGUUUGCCUGCAAGCCAGUUUGUGAGGGAGGGGGUGAGGGAGGUGAAAGUUCUCCAAGUGCUUCACAGACUGUGAGACAUUUAAAGGUCUCUAAUUAUCGGGGAUCAUAGUCUGUGGGCUUCCAAUAUAUUUGAUCGUACUGUUCACAGCUAGUUGUUUUCGUUCUCAGGUGUUGGUGCCUAUGUGUCCCCAGAUAUGAUGGCUGCUGAAUAUUCAUUACUAGAAAAACUACCAGGAAACCAAUAUACUUGGUCCUCCAGAGGCCCUACGUAAGGAGAGCUAUAUGAAUCAUUAGAACUAUAUUGGCAGAGUUUUAUAAAUCAUUAGAACUAUAUUUAUUUGGCAGAGCUUUACAGAUCUUUAGAACUAUAUCCGCAGAGCUUUGCAAAUCAUUAGAACUAUAAUGUGCAGUCCUUGAGUAUCUUUUAACGAAUUUUAUAAGGCAGUUAGUUACACGUGUAUAAAAUGAUAUGGUGCUCCCUUUUAAGCCAUUUACAAAGAAACAGACAGCUUUCCUUCAAAUAGCUUUAUAUUCUGGGUCAAUAUUUCUUGAGACGUGAAACAAUAAGCAAACAAGACGGGAAACGCUCAUACGAGGGGUUUGUUUUUUACCUGAGAUGUGCUUGUUUACUCGCAUUGUAUGUAAGACACAUCUUAUCUUUGCUUGUGUAGAUGGCACGUUUGGGGAUGAAAUUUUUCAAAGUGAUAACACCAUUCGACAACGAAACCUAGUUGACAGAGUACCACGGCAUGGAAGCAUUUUUGUUUCAGUAUUUUACAAAAUCAAACUUAGUAUUUGGCCUUUUUCAAUGGUUUAUUUUUGUCGUGGCAGAGUCCUAGAUGAUAUAUCCGCCAGCCUUGGAGUUCUUAACCAAUUUUAAUAAUUGAACUUACAGUUUGUAUGUCUUGCAGGACAGAUGGAUAUUUAGGAGUAAGUAUAAGUGCGCCUGGAGGAGCAAUCGCCGCUGUUCCCAACUGGACACUCAGGGGCACCCAGCUGAUGAAUGGAACUUCAAUGUCUUCGCCUAAUGCUUGUGGAGGAAUUGGUAAUAUAGAGCUUUAGAAUUGGAGACGAGAACGAACACCAGUACGAGAUUUAACUUAAAGUUUUUUACGCGUGUUCUCAAAAAAGACACCCCGGAAAGCUUCAUUUUACUUUGUUUCAUCAAAAAACGUUUGUACAGUUAUUUAUGCUGAAGGAGGUUAAGCCCUCUCCCGAUAGCAAAAUGAUAAAACUUCUUACAUUAGAUGACUUGUUUCCGCCCCUACGACAUUCUCGUUAAAACUGGUAGUAGAAUGACGACGGCUAUCACGUUUUCCCGCCAAAAUGACGCUGGUUCACGCGAGAGCAAUACUCAGUAUUGAAAAAAUCUCGUACUCGUAGUCUUCCUCGUGUUAGAAUCUAAAGAUCUCCAUUAAAACCAUACACGCCCAUUCGUCACUUUACAACCUAGUAGGAAACUGGGUCGAAAUAAACUUUCGCAAAGACUUCUGGGACUGUUACUAGGGCUAGGGGGAAAUUGGCCAAUAGCUGAGCGGCGCCUCCCCUGUAACGAUCCCAGAAACAAUAGCGUGACGCAUGUCGAUUUCACCUCCCUUCUCGUUUCUAAAGUGAACAAUAAAGUCAGUCAUUACAUCUCUGAAACUUCAUACUCAAAGAAAACAAGUUUCUCGUGACGUCAUCAAUGUAUUUGUAUUCUAUAGAGCAUAGGCAACGACCAAUUGCAGCGGCCGUAGCAUUCACAUCAUUGUAUAAUAAAGAUUUGACAGGCGUAAAAGUAAAUCUAGAAAGGACGAUAUUGAGGAGAAUAGUAUCCAUCGCUAGACGAAUAUACAUCACAGGGUUCUAUCUUUUCUUGUUUACUUACCCUUUGAUGGUGAUCCCUUUAAUGUGCGUUUUACUUACUGUUUUCUCAUUUGUUUUGUAGCGCUUGUUCUUUCUGGACUUAAAGCAAAUUCCAUCCCAUAUUCUCCUCCGAGGUGAGCUAUUCCUUUACUCCUGAGCUACUUGUUAGGGGCUGUUUACAAGGAGGUGGGGGACCCCAGGUAGGUGAGGUAACCCGCUUGUCUAUAUAAUGUCUCAUAUGGUCACCCCACCUAUCAUGUAAACGUGAUCAAAUUAAAAUGAAUUUUUUUAGAACCGGGAAAAUCCCACCAUAAGCUGCUAGAUCUUUCGUUAUUUAGAGCAUUCUUUACUCGAAAACAGUUUUAAAACUUGAGAGUUGGACUUUAACUGCAAAGCUGUUUUUAAAGCUCACAUUACAUUUGCCUUCUAACAGCAUUCGCAGAGCACUGGAAAAUACCGCACUUCAGUUAGAAGGUACAGUACAAUGUGAUUCUUAUUGGCCAGGCUGAGAAUGAGACUGGGGCGAUAUUGUGUCGAAUUGUACUUAGUAUGAGACUGUACUGGGAACGCUGCUUCUCUCAUUGGCUGUUCCGAAGUUGCCCAGGAAACUGCUGGUUCAAAAUUUGUGCCCCAGACAGUUCCAUGAUGCAAUUUGACACAACCUCGAUCCAGACUGGAGUGAGCUUGUAUGGGAUAACGGUUGAUUAGAUUUCCGCUGAGCACGUAUCUGGCAUUGUCCCAGACGAUUUUGCACGGCCAAAUGACAUCAUCACCAACUUGCCCAAUGAGAGAGAGCCCGGGCUCGAGGUCGAUCGAAUAUAAAUGCACAAUCUUUGUUGAUACUAUCAGCUUUUUAAUCAGAGAUUGUGGAAACGCGUUCAAAGUUUUUGGCAGAAACAGGUUCCCUGAGUUUACAACUUAUUCCAAAAUGUUGGCAAAUUUAGUUUUUCUCUUGUCCUCUUGAUAAUUGACCCUCAGUGCCUUGUUUUAAGAGUUAAAAUCUUUUUAAUUCUGCAAAUGCAAUUGAGGCAAAGAGGACUUUAUUAACCUAAAUAUAAAAGAAAAGUAAUAUUCCUAUCAUGUGUUUGAGCCCAGACAAGCACAAGGGACAGAUAUACGACUUUCCCUACACCAGAAAAUUUUCCAUUUUUUCCAGCAUGAUAGGCGGAUUAGCUUUUCUUUCUUCGAACGCGAAUCUUACUGGUAUUAUUCUCCGUUAUCCCCAAACCCUAUCAUACGUUUGUAGGAAACUGCCCACCUACCCCUCCCCUAAGCCAACAUUUUGCCCUUUAAAAGUGAGAAGUAAGUGUUAAUGUUGGCUUAGGGGAGGGGCUGGUGGGCAGUUUCCCAGAAACGUGUAAUGAUCCACCCUUACUGUAGCCCCCUCAAAGGGAAAACAAAACCCCUCGACGUGUUUUCAUCAUUUGGUUUUCUUUUUUUUUCAGGACUUGAUAAGCUCACUCAAGGUCAUGGUCUUCUUCAGGUUUGUUUUACUAGUUUUCAUCUUUUGACGCCUAAAAUGGCCUGAACUUGACAAGGCGACAAUUCGUGUGACGCGACUUAACUCUUUAAAAUAUUUUAUGGUAAAAGUACAUCUUCUGUGAAUCCAAAAUCGAGAUUUUUAUCAUCUCUGUUAUGCGUUGUAGGUUGACAAAGCUUAUGAUUAUUGCUGUGAAUAUUCCAGUUCUCCAGAAAGAGAUGUUCGAUUUCAGGUAGGCCAUGUGCGACGCUUAUCAUCGCCUCUUUCGUUGCUAAGGCGGCGGAACACAACUCUUGAUUCUUUGUCAUUGCUAUAUUCAGGUUUCCUGUUCAGAAGGCCAAAGAGGGAUUUAUUUAAGAGAACCUCAUCAGUUAAGUAAGCCCGUCACCAAAUCUGUGUCAGUCACAACACAUUACGACGAUGACGUCGGUGAGUUCCUUAGAAUGUUUUGUUUUUUUGUUUGAUUUGUAACUAUAGAGCGUUUUCACUCACGUGGCCAGCAUCUAUGCAAAUUUAUUGCAACAAAAGAAAGUGUUUGCAUACGAAAAGAGUCCAACUCCCACAGGACUGGUUUGGAACAACAACAUGGCCACCGUUUCAUUGUUUUGGAACACCAAUAUGGCCGCCGUGACGUCAUGUGAAAACACUCUAUAGACAGUAUCCACAGACAACACUACUCAGAAGGCUAGAAAAGACUGAUUAUGGUACUAUGUAUGCAUACAUUACAACGAAAAGGAAAAGGGGAUGGCGGGGGGAAAGACACUGCCAGUGCUGAAAUACAGAGAACAGAGAAAAUGUGGUAGUAUUAGUAGUUUUCAAUGUAAGAGGUAAAGGAGGCAAUUGAGGGAAUUUUUUUUUCUUUGGGGGGGGGGGGGACUGUGCAGUUUACUUUCCCGCGAAUACAACGCAUGAAAAACCUAAGGUAGGUCGUGCUCACUUCUUUUCGCGCGCUUUCGCGUUCUCGUAUGAAGUUGCGUUGCCUCUCCCUCUUGAUAAUGCUGAGUUGUGGAUAGGCUCAUUUUUCGCCUCUUUUUUCUUUCUUCUCUCCUUCCUUUUUCAUUCCUUUUCAUAAACUCCUUUUUUUUUUCUUUGUGGACAGCUCAUGAUGAAAGAAUCAGCUUCAAUCUCCGCCUGAGUUUAAUCAGUACUGCGUCUUGGCUUACGGUUCCUGACCAUUUUGUCCUCAUGAACACAGGUUCGUGAAUCCAAGAGAUUACUCUACACUGAACAGUGUAAACCUUAACGUAGACUAAUGCUUUUGUUCGUAACAAACAAUCAUGCAAAUCGUAACAUUAACGAACAGUUAUCAAACAAGCACAACCUGCUUACAACCGUGAAGAAGAAAUCCGCUUCUUUUGGUUCCCGGUGUCAAGUGGUCCUUUUAAAGCUUGGGUAGGUGGGUGACUCUUUUACCCGGAACAACCGUUUUCGUCAUGCAAACGCUGCCUUACCAGAUGUUUAUAUCAAGUUUCAUUCAAAGGAGUGACCUACAAUGCAUUGCAAACAGCAAGUAACACAAACAGUAAACUUCAAGAUAAUUGACUAAAGCUUCGUUUGAGAACAUGAUGAUAACUGAAUAAGCCAAAGGAAUUUGCUUUACUCGCCUUGUGUGUAACGACUAUUAUUUUUUCGUGUCCGGGUUCUGGGAAGUUCACUAUGAGAUUUAAGAAUAUUCCAGUGUGAAGGACAAGGGAAACUGAAACUGUCAACACUGCGUGAAAAAAUAUUCGACUUCUUCAGUAGUCUAACAUUUAUAUUCUUACAACUUUAACUCUAGCUGCUUGUUAAAACCUUUUCAGUUCGCAGUUUUGCUGUAAUAGUCGAUCCUCGUGGCUUGUCCCAUGGUGCUCACUACGCGGAGGUAAUGGUUUUUCUUCUUUCUACUGAAUCAGUUUUGACUCAGAUAUAAGAAAGCGUCAACAGUACAGACCAUUGAGAUUAUCUUUACUGAUUCCCACCCAAACCAUCCCCGAAAUCUUAGUUCCCUGGAGUUUCUGAAGUGAUAUAAUAAAAUGGAUCAAGACUUUAUUGACUUUCCUUUUUAGGUGUGUGCUUACGAUGUUAAGUGUCCACAGCGAGGACCACUCUUCAGAGUUCCUGUUACAGUCAUUAUACCUGACAGGUAACUUUUCCUUGAUAUUCGGUUUUCAAUACCUUGCGUGUAGAGGCUUCCCUCUUUCAUGGCUUUUAGUGUUUACAGAGUCCUAAACACACGGGGCGUAAACAAACCAACUACGCUACAGACAAGCCGCGUGAACGACGUGGUAAACGCUAGAAGACAUGCAAGAGAUAAACCUUUGCUCGCAGGGUAGGUUGUCAAAGGCAAUACAAACAAGUAGGUUAGUUUGCGAAAGGUCAGCAUUGUGCGAGGACGCGUGAACCCUUCGGCUCUCGCAAUAAGACAUAAUUGUAAUACUUUUGCGUUCAAAAGGUUUAUGUCAUGGAGUUGUUGCUGUUUUAGGUCACUUCUGUGCUCAAGACAAUGGGGAGCUUUAGCAUCGACGACUGCGAUUUUAUUUGUUGCGCGAAGAUACUCGGUUAUAAGACGCACCCGAAAUUACAACAGAUUUAGAGCUAUCAAGCAGACUUUCGUUGAAAAAAUGCUGCGCCUUAUAAGCGAAAAAAUACGGUAGUCUAAAAUAACAAAAGUGGACCAUUAUUUUGGAAUUCAAUUGGUGCAAAGAUACGUUUUUAGCGGAGCUCCAAGCGCUCGCGAGGCGCUCGCGAGCGUAGCCCCAUACCUAAGAAAAUGUGGUAAUCUAGCCAUCCGAGACUUCAGGGCGGAAAAACGUUCUGCGCAAGCUUCUGCGCAUCCCUUACCGCAGGCUCAAGGCGGGCUUUUCUGUGUGUUGACUUUGUGUUUGUUUGUUGCUGGAGUUCUGAGUGAAAUGCACGAGGUGCGAACGUUUGUUCCCUGUAAAGCAUUUUUAUUUGACAUGUUUGCUUUUUUUCGUCGCUUGAAAAUUACUUUGGAUUCAGAACAAUCAAUGUUAAAGGAAAAAUGGAUCAUUCCGUCAGUCUGAGGUGGAAUAAAAGGUUUUGAACAUUUUUAAAGAGGCGAGUAUUUUUUUCUAAUUGUGCAUCCGAUUAAUUUAUGAGUUGAUUUCUCCGGGUUGAAUUAAAAUCCCGCUUGUAUUCUGUUAUUAGUAGUUACGGUUACUUUUUUUUACGCCCCAGAUUUAUGACCUUUGCAGAACCAGCUUUAUCUUUGUCGUCAGUCAAAGAACCAUAUUGCUGUUAUAACGCAUCAGAGUGAACAAACUUGUGCGCUUAUUAAACUUUCUCGGAAAUAGAAGGCCAGCAAGCUUACUCAGGAUCAUUUUUCUGUUGCUCAAGUAAUAGUAGUCGGAGUUUCUUUCAUUUUCAUUACAUUGUUUUGUUUUCCAGUGCACUGUAAAAGUUUCUGUUCUUUAUAAGAAUAACUUUCUGUACGCAAAUUGUCCUUUUCACUCGCUGUGAAGUAGAGAACGACAACUGCCGGCAGUGACUUCAAAACAAUUGACUCUUUUCCCGUAAACAACGGCUGAAGCUGGAUUUGACUGCGGCGAGCAAAACAAACCCUUAUAUGCAAUUUUCUGUAUUUUCUAAUGAUCGGCUGAGUUUAAUUUGCUUAAACGAAGACCCUCGCAUGGACCAGUUAACCUUAAAAUAGCUAAAUGGUGAAUCAUGGCUUGGCUUCCAAGUUGCAAGUGAUCUUUUGCUUUUAAGGUCUUUAGGUAGGUUGUUUUCGUACAGAAAAUUCAUUUCUUCAUUGUCAGCAAGAAGUUUUUGAAAUAAUGUAACUUCAACUUUGUUUGAAGGAAAUCCUACUUACGCGUGGGUUUUUGACAGAUGUUAUGCGUGUUCAAAUUGAAAACACAAAGCAUAAUUUAUAUAUCUGCGCGAAAUGAGCAAGUUUAAAAAACUAUAGUUGCUUUGAAACCGAUUUUUGGGAAGAUUUUACUAGAUAAAGAUUGACCUUUUUUCUGCCCACAUAAAGGCAACGCAAUAACUUCUACAUUGAGGAUUUUGUUUAUAUUUUAGUGAUCUGCGAAACUACGAGUGACACGAGUGUCCGAUCGAGCGAGGGUUUUAAAAUAUGAGCUCGAGUGCGACAAAGUUCAGUGACUUCAAACACAUUGUGGGCAAGCAUUAAUUUUUUUGGGCAAAUCACUGUUCAAAGAUAUGUUGUUUUUGUGUCCACAGUGGAGCUCCGGACCUUAUAUAUCCAGGAACUUCCUUAUAUGAGCACAUUUUGUGAAUGCAUCUCGAAAAAAAUCGGACCUUUGCAUGCACAUUUCCAGUACAACGCAAGGAAAUCAAUGUCGUUAAAGUCCGUUUUACUAUGAGGUAUUCUUCGAGAAAAUUUACUAACGACAAGGUUAUAACCACAGCUUGCAACUUUUGAAGACAAAUUGCCUGUUCUUUCCAGGUUAUGAGUGGAAACAUUUUAUUUUUAGGCAAUAAAUUAUUUGAAAUCCCGCCAUUGUUUCAAACCCGGCCAGGGGAUCUGGGCAAAAAAAGUUCGCGCAUGCUCAUUACGUUUUUCCGCCCUGAAAUCCGAGACAUGUUGGUAAUCACGUGACCGUACGUUCGACCGUCCGUCCGUCCGCACCACAGGCAUACCAAUGUAAAAUAACUUAAUCAAUAGGUAUGGCGAACCAAAUGCGACUUGAGGUUAUUUUGAGCAAAAAUAAAAUGUACAAAAAAAUUUUACUGCACGUGCGAAGUUCCUUUUUUGCUAAUUAGACCUAUUGUUGCUUUUCACCGUUCUCCGGCGUUGCCUUCGCCGCUUAGCAUUACACGAUUAUAUAUUUUGUUUGAGCAAACUGUAAAUAUUAUCGAGAGCUUCGCUUUUAGCCCUGACUAAAUCUAUAUAUUAGCUUUUUAAAGAGAUAGCAAAUAGCGUAACAUAGCCCCUUGAGGACCACUAUAUUUUCAGGGCCAAGAUAAAAUAUUCCAAUGCCUUCCCCCUCCCCACCGCGUAUUAGGGGGACUCGAGGAACAGGUUGCCUGUUACUUAAAAAUCUCAUUCCGUUACUGUAAUUAAUUUCUUAUCAAUUGUUUUUUGUUGCACAGAAUAUGUGACGUUCAUCAUUACACGUACGACUUAGAAAAAAUGAAGUUUAAACCCGGUCAAGUGCAUAGGACGUUUCUUCAAGUUCCAGACGGAGCUACUUGGGCAGGUAAUAUAUAAAUGUUAAAAGAAUAUACCAAGAGAUCAUAGCCACCCUUUAGUUAUCGCAGCCCAGCUAAGCCCUCAGGCCCUUGGCGGGAAAAUGGUUUCCUGCUCAGUAGCAUUCAAUGACGUCACAAAAAAAAGGGGUGCGCGAAAAAAAGCGAAAGGGAAUUUGGGUGCCAGGCUUCUCUCGUCCAUUUGAUUAACCUCAGGAGGAGAGACGUAACGUGAGGUGGGUCUGUGCAUAUUUCGCCACAAGUCUCCCGUAGCUCAGUUUUAUACCUUUCACCUAGUUCCUGGAGGGUCGUGAGUUUCGGUGACUCAAAUGUUUUCUUUGUCCUAUAUUCAGCAAGAUGUUAUGUCCAGUAUUAGGAGAAUAUUAUUGUAUUUUUUAUUUAAUUUUCGACAUUAAUUUGUGGAAGUAUGGGUGUGUAAAUUAGAAUAAAUUUUCUUUUGACUGACUUCUUUUUCAAAACAAUAGUAGAGAAAUUAUUUCAUGAAUGACUCAUUAUUCUGACUCGUGCCUUUUCCUUGCCAUUAUUGCUAUCAGAAGUUUACACAGGUUGGUGAUGCAAUUUGAUGUUGUAUAUCCGGCUGUUUCCCGUUGAAAGCUCUAAAACUUAACAACAACUGCGACAUUUAGGUGGUCGCAGUUAGCGGUAAACUUGCGGAUCUAAAUGCCCUUUCUUCAAAUAUGCUUUACAUCCAACAGAGUUUUCAGCGUCAAGCCUAGAGAAUGAGGUUAAUGGACGCUUCCUUCUCCACGCUGUGCAAUUGUCUCCACUCUCCUCUUUCAAGGAACAAGAAUUCUUUCAAUUUUUCACGCUCGCGCCACUUGGAGAGAAAACUUUGAGUUUUGCAGUAAAGGUAAGAUAAAAAAACAACAACCACAACAGUUGCUAACCCAAGCUUUUGUUCUUCAAUAUUAUUUAUCUCAACUGAAGAGGCAUGUUAUGUAAAAGCUUCCUGAACCUUUAAUUCUUUAAGUUUACUGUCGCUUAUCUGAAAUAACAAACAGUUCAUUUACAAUGUGAAUGAUGCCCAAAAUUUGUUCACUGAAUUAGUAGUAAGCUGUUAUCAGGGCUGUGGCUAAAAUUUCAAGUUGCCGUUAAAUGCAAAUAGCGGGGUUUUCGGUAGCAUUUGGAAGUACCUAUGCAGUGGUUCAGCUGACGGACGAGCACCGUUCGCGCCUUUGGCACGAACUCCUAGGGGGGUCCGGGGGCCUCCCCCCCGGGAAAUUUGUAAAAUUGGACUCUGCUAAAUGCAAUUUCCUGCGUUCACAGGACCGGAAUUGGGUAACCGGAAUUAUGACAGGAAUUAUAUUUUUUGCAUUACAUAACUAAGUGAGUAAAAUGAGGGUCAAGUCUUUCUUUGGUUAAUAAAUGGAAAAGAAAAACGAUUUUCACACUUAAAAAAUAAUUAUUUCGUGUGUGAACCACCAGACGUUGGGUCCGGCCUUUAACGAAACCCCUGAAAUAGUUGGAGGGGAAUUGUGCAGCUAGGAAGUUCUUUUGGUUCUAUUUUCCUUUUGUUUGCUAUAAGAGUAGCCGGGACUCACGCUCAUGAGUAGAUGGGGAAAAUCCCUGGCCCCCGCCUCUUAAUUGCAGCCCUGUGUUAUCGUUAAAGUUACAAUGCUUUCCGUUCAGGGUGGCGAGACGUUAGAGCUGUGUACGGCAAGAUGGUGGGCAAGUCUUGGAGAAUGCAGUAUAGAAAGAAAAGUAACAUUUCACGGAGUUACACCCAGUGAAAACAGUAUAACGUUGGUAGGUGCUCUUAGGACAGUAUGGUAAUGGUUGAAUUUCAUGGAAAUGUGAGAGUUAGAUGAAGGGAUGUUACGGCAAAUAAUUUUUGAGACAACAACACGUUAUCGAUCAUACCCAGGCAGUAACAGCUUAUCUCGAUUUUGGCCUGUUUUACUCUCUUCCUGCUAAUUAUUUGUCACCCUGAAACUUCAGGGUGACACUCGGAAGUACCCGAUCGGCGGCACCUCUGACGUGCCGCGGGCGCAGGUAGGGUGUAAGACGGUGCAAUCUGAGAGGCAUUUACUUACAUAACGGUAAUCAAAUACAGACAAAGACGGAGAUAUAAACCCAUUAUCCUAAAUUUAUCUCUGUUACCUCAAAUUGAAAAUUUACAUUCUUUCGUCUUUGUAGCAAGCGUCAAAAGUUUGUCGUGUGGAUAUAAAAGCAACGCUAAGAGAUGAGGAAAUAUCGCCAUCAGUGUCGCUCAAAACACACGCCCAGCCUGUUAGGUAAGCAGCUUCAGACUUUCUCCUGGUUGUUUUUCAAACGAGGGAGACGUUCUAGAAAGGGCGUGUAAGCCUGCGCCGCAGAAGAAACUAAACCUCUGCUUAAGUCCGUCUGCGAAACAGCGCCUAAAUCCUUGUUCUAACCCGCACAUGGGUACCAGCAGGAUUUGAGUGCUUGUCGUGAUCGGCCUGUUAAAAAUGCCAUUGUCAAUUUUCCAAUCAGGUCUAAGAGAAAUUCGAAACGCUUUUCUCGUAAUUCGUUGAGUCAGUUGAGGGUCCAAAACAAGGAUAUCGGCGCCGCAGCUAUCCCUUUCGUAAACGGUCGCUGCCAUUUUUAAGACACUUAGAAAAUUUUUGAUCUGUUAUUCAAAGCGUUUCUAUAAAAAGAAAGGAAAUCGCAACGUAGGUCGAACCUGGACCUCGAACCCAGACCUUUCGUAUCCUAAUCUUUCUCCCUUACCACUACACUACCGCACCGACCCGCCAAAAUUCCGAAAAAAUUAAGUACAGACACUAGCAAACUGUCUUUCUUAACUGGUACAAUCAAUAACAGGUGACCCUAGCCUUUUCCAAAAUUUUUAACGUAAAUAGACCUAUUCGGCUAACUCAAUGUUGUGCCCAAUUCAAAUCUUCCGGGGUUAAGAUUCUUUGUGUAUUGUAUUUGCAUUAUAAUGUGGCAUUUAAAUUUAAAUGAUAUGGAAAUUCCUGAAACAAAACGUUUGAACCCCAAGGGGUUUGAAUUGAGUACAACAUUGAGUUAGCCGAAUUGGUCUAUUCAACUUGGGCUUCAACUUCGUUUUUUGUAAGACUAUUCAAAAACGUAUUAUUUGCCUUAUUGUAACUUAAUCCAGGCAAUAUAUAACAUCCAUCAUCACUAAAGGCCUGGGCCAGCUUGUUCGAAGGCCGAUUACGGCUUAACCCGGGAUUAAAUUUAACCCUAGUUUCUUUUUCUUGUGUUCAAAAGCAUUUUCUCAGAUAAUUUUCUCUGUUAUUUUUAGAGCUUCCAAUCAUCAACUUGUAGACAAAAAAAAAUUAAAUCUGAAAUUUUUUUUAGCUUUCAAAUCUGAUUGAAAUCACGCAUUAACCCUGGGUUAUCUUAACCCGGCCUUGAACAACCUGGCCCUGGUUACCAACGGUGAAAUCGACUGUUAAAAAUGGCAACGACCGUUAACGAAAUGGAAAUAGGCAUUGGCGCUGCUUAGCAGACGUUACUAACCCAGGUUACAUUACGUCCGCGAGGCACGCUGUUGGCGUGUCAGCCAUUUGGCGACGCUGUGAAUUUAUCGGCGCGCGAGUGAGCCAGGGCGUACUGUAACAACGGUUAUGUGAGAUCGUCAGGCAACAUCAGAAUCCAUGACUCGAGAGCUCGAUUCAUUUGAUAAGUUACUGGAUCAAGGUGACUUAAGCUGUCUCAUUUCUCAUCUUUUUCUUCUGUAUUCAGGCCAUCGGAAUACAAGAUUACCGCUCUUGCUUCAAGAGAUGUCUUGCCAAAUGGGCGGCAAAUCUAUUCCUCAACUCUCACUUACAAUUUCCAUCAGGUAAGUUAGUGCAUAAAAGCGAGGGAGUUUCCGACUGCAAUUUCUCCGUUCCUCAUGUACAUCGGGUUAAUAGAAUUCCUAUUUACAUUCUGUCACUGCCACUUCGUUUAGCUCCGCCGAAUGUAAAUACAUUUUUUAGUUUUUAUUGAAAGUGAGCACUUUGUUUGCAUAGUGAAUUGCCAGGGUCUGGAAAAAGGAGUCCUGAUCCCGCAGUCCGCUCCUUUUCACGACCAUUCCGGAUCCCGAACAUCUGUCAUCGCUAUUCUAAAUACAGUUUUCUUUCCCAAUUCUGCUUCUCGUGCCGAAUUUAUUGCGAAUCCCGCUUUCCUGGUAGCAAAUCCCGUAUUCUGUUAACAUGUCUCGGAUCCCGUGAAUACCCUUCCCGAUGAUCCCGCAGUCCAGCUCCUUUUCACUACCAUCCCGAUUCCUGAACAUCUGUCAGUGCUAUCCCGAAUACCGUUUCCUUCUGCAAUCCCGCUCCCCGUACCAAGAUUUUGGCGAAUCCCGCUUUCCGUGUUGCACAUCCCGUAUCCCGUUAACGUUUCUGGGAUCCCGUGAAUUCGCUUCCCGAUCCGGUUCAUUAAAUGAGAGAAUAAAAAUAAAAACUGUCACAGUAGUUACAAUAAUUCUGGUGAUACUUAAGGUCCAUCAUCGAAAAGAGACGUUCCGUUUUUUAUGUGGAAAUGAAGAUUGUUAUUUAUUUAUCUAUUUUUUUUUCGCAGUAAAAUGUUCAAUAAUGCUUUUUUUCCUCUCUCUUUUCAGUCCAAGGCAGGCGACAUCAGUCCUAAUGUCACGUAUUUGUCAGAUUUGUUGUAUGAAUCUGAGUACGAAUCACAACUAUGGAUGCUUUAUGACUCAAACAAACGGCUGCUGGGAAGCGGAGAUGCAUUUCCUGACCGGGUAGGGAUUCUUGGAUACCAUGGGAUGGGGCUGGAGCAAUUGUCUAAAAUUAACUUUAAAGCUAAUUUUCUUAUGCCUUGUCCAACUCUGGUUUUGGUCAAGUCGUAACUCCCAUUUAUUUUUUAUUUAUUUUUAUUUCUGCUUUAAGCAUCACUUCAAACUAGUUGAUUUUUUACAAAGUAGAACAGAAUUUUAGUGAAGUGUUCUGAUACUAUUCCCAUUUUUGUCUAUCAGCAGCUCUGACUGUUGGACCUAGAGAAAAGGAUUCUAAUAUCUGUUAAGUUUAGAAAAAUAAUCUUUAUUCGUUGUGUGUUUAUCCAUAUUUUUACAGUAUACAGUCAAGGUAGAAAAGGGAGACUACGUCCUUCAGCUCCAGGUAGGCAAUAGAGAAAUUUUUGUGGAAAGAUAUCACUUUUUCAUUCACUAAAACCUCCUGCCCGAGAUAUGUGUUCUGCCCCAUUUCGCCUCAUAGAUAACUGAAACUCUGUUUAUGUUCUACAAGGUUAUCAUUAUUUUUCACAACGCAUUUUUUUCCAGCUGCAGUUGACCCCCGAUAGCACCCAUUCCUGGUUUCCCACCCUCGAUACCAGCUGCAGUUCUCGCGCGCUUUGCACUGCAUGCGCUCACCAUCAGUUGCAGUUCGGCGCGCUUAACGUUUGUUGCUGUUUUUCCGCCCUUGGCACCAUAAUCCAAAAACAAUUUCCAGAAUCCAAAUACACCCCAGAAUCCAAACAUGUCUCAGAAUUUGGCAUUCGGGAAGUUUUUGGGCCGUGUUUUGGAUUCUGGAAGGUGCUUACCUACGAGCCACUAGACUGCGUCUCUGUUUUUCUUCAGAAUUAGUGAGGGGAGUGCACGCCCGCGCGAGCAUCAAAUGGCGAAGCCGCGGGACGCGAGAAACAAAGGCUUCAGACUGUCACGCGCGUGGUCAUAUUAGUAUCUCGCGCGUCUCGCGCGACGGACUAAGAAAAAAGAGAGACUGCUUGUAGUCUAACGAGCCACCUUUCUUACUGGCUUAUUUUUGCAUUAUUUUGUCCCUGUGUUGCUUGGCCUGGUGUGACAACUUUGGCCUUAAUAAGUCUUGACGCCCACUUUAUUGUUUUAGGUUCGCCACGACAACAAAGAUCAACUAGAGAAACUCAAGGACACAGUUGUGUUAAUAGAGCAGAAACUAUCACCUGCUAUCACUCUGGACACGUAUUCCUCGCGUCUAGCUUCCAUGAAAUCCAGCAAGUUCAGCUCAUGCACAGUUCGUGCUGGCGUUCGAUGUCCUGUUUACAUUUUACCCCUAGUGGAUGACAAGUGAGAAAUAAUAUUAGUUUUCUUGUCGUUUUUUUCUCGCAUAAACAGCACUAAUGGGCCCUUUGCACGAAACAAAAACACGCUGCUGAAUAGCCUGCGAGCAAGCUCUCGGAGAUGCUCUGGAGGUGGGGCGGGAAAAGGAGGGAGAUCUUGCAACUACGUCUCUGGAAUUUGAAUAUUUGCAUCGAAAAAGUCGAUGCGAAAUGCUGAUUGGCGGAAAUGACAUUAGUAAUGACGUCAUUACCCUUGGCGCGCACUUGCUUUCAUGUGUUUUUCACGUGUAGUUGCAAGCUCUCCUUCCUUUUCCCGCCACGCAGCCAGAACCCCCCGGAGAGCUUACUCGCAGACUACUUGCUGGAUGGCACACGACGCAGUGGGGCAAGAAAAACAAAGAGAUUACAUCAUUCAAAAGCUAAGCUAUUCUCCUUUCUUUUCAAGGUCGCACUGCGUUGUUUGCCCUCCAGCAAGGUGUUUUUGUACCAUGAAACCUUUUCGGGCAAAGGGUACAUUGGAGUUACAGUCCUGAAAAAAAAAAAUGCUGGGACACGCUAAAUGUAUCUCGCUGCAAAUUGAUGAAAAUGUCAGCUACUUUAAAAUUCACUCCGUUACCCUUCAAAUCUGCUGAUUUCCAAUUACAUAAAGUGGUGUUAUCAAGUGAACUUUUCAAGCAACAACUGGCCACUGUAAUAAGAUCCAAAACCUAGUUUGUGUGUGGGUUAUAUAUCGUGGUGCGGCUGUUGCGGCUGUGCUACUGUUAAUUAAAAUUAGUUGAAGUUGAGGAUAAGGAGUGCCUUGUUCGAUAAUAAAAUUUUGUUCUGUUAAUCAAACGCUUUCAAAACCCUUUUUGGAAAAAAUAUUGAGGCCUGAGCCUUACAUCCCAUGAAAUAAACCAACGUCUUCCCCUUUUUUUAACUGAACCACUAAUGAAUUUAUGUCUUGGCAGUCUUUGUUCUUUAUCGCGUUCACGUCACUAUUUUCACAGCUUGGGGCAAGCUUAUGCGUUAAAUAUCUAUAAUACGAAAAUUACUUUGAAUAAAUUCUGUUCAACAUCGUCUAAGUCUACUUUCCAUUUCAAUAUAGGAUUCCAAAGGCUGCAAAAUCUGGUCACAUUCUUAAAGGAACACUUUCGUUUGUUAAAAAUGACAACGGGAAAAAAGCGGUAAGCUUCAUUAAGGUGGCUGAACACAGUUUUGGCAGUUUGUGAGUGUAUGUCAUUUGCCAAAUCAUGGCAAGAGAAAGGUUACAGCUCACAAGCUGAAACUUGGCAGGUGAAAAAUAUACUGAUGAGAGAUUUUGAUUGACAGGUAAAAUUUGACGUUUUCAUAGUUUCCAUGGCAACAUGAACGAUUGAAUACAACCUUAAAAUUUCACUUUUGUUCAGUUUACAUAAAAUUCUCUCAUUAGAUUUUCCUAUAAACUUGCAUACACAUUAAUAUAAGAAAUCAUUGCCAUUUGAAACUUAUUUGAUCAAAUUUCAACAGACGGACUUUUAGAUAAUCAAUAAUAUAAUUGUAUUGUAAUUAUUAAAUGUGUCACGAAAUUCGUCUGUUCAACGUCCAUUUUAAAGUUUUUAUUAUCUAAAAUACAAUAAAAGUAAAAAUUCUGCGAAAUAUCACCAAAUUUUAAUGAGUAGAUUUUGAGAAAUCGUCUUCUGUGUACCAUUGCUUUUUCGCCGCCAUGUUUGUUUGUCUAAUUAAAAGCUCGCGCGGUCACGCGAGUUACCGCUGACCACCCGCAAAACUGUGUUCAGCCACCUUAAGGAGAACCCUAAAAACGUAAGUUUAGUAAAUAUUUUCUCAGGAGAGGUGAUUCCAUUAGCCCUCGAUGUCACCCUGGUUCUUUUAGGUCCUGUGAUACUUGUAAUUUCCUUGUUUCUUAGAGUCCUUCUGGUCCUCAUGGUUCCCGUGAUCUGGAGGCUCCCUUGGUUCUUGUAGUCUCCCAUGGUCUUGUGGUUCCCUUGGCCCUACUUGCCGGUUCUCUUGUUUCUCGUUGUCCCCAUGGUUUGUUUGUUCGCUUGAUCCUACUUGCCCCCUUUGGUUUCUGUAGUUCCCUUGGUUCUCGUAAUCCCCCAUGAUCUUGUGUUCCUACUGAUCCCAUUUAAUCUUGUGGUUUCCCUGGUUCACACGAUCCCCCUUGAUUUGAUAUUCUUCCUGGUUCUUGUGGUCCCCCAAGAAUUUUUUUGUUCCGUUGAUCCUACUAGCUGCCCUUGGCUUCUGUAGUUUCUCUGGUUCUCGUAAUCCCCCAUGUUCUUGUGUUCCUUAGUUCCUACUGGUUCCCCGUGAUCUUGUGGUUCACCUUGUUCUCAUAGUCCUCCAUGAUUUUGUGGUUCUCUAGGCCCUACUGGUUCCCAUUGGUCUUCUGGUUUCCCUGGUUCUCAUGGUUCCCCUUGAUUUGAUAUUCCUCCUGGUUCACAUGGUCCCCCGUGAAUGUUUUUGUCCCCUUGAUCCUAUUGCUCCCCUUGAUUUGAUAUCCCCCGGUUCUCCUAGUCCACCAUGACCCCCCCUGAUCUUGUGGAAUCCCUGAUCUCAUUGUCCACCAUGAUUUUUGAUAAAGGUGUUAGUCGUUUAGUUUUUAAUUCUCUCUGUGUUUGUCAAUUCAGUGCACCUACCCAGUUCAAUUCAUUGUUCCUGCUACACCAAGUAAGCAGAAUAACAACAAGGCUGACAAAAACGCAAAAAAUGAAGAAAAGCAGGUAUGAAACCGUUGGUAUACUAUACUGAAAUGCUUUGUCAUUAACCAUUUCAUUACCAGGAGUGACGUUAGAACUACGUCCUAAACAACUAGGUACCAUGUGUUAGUAUCGUUGAAGAGGUUUCAUUUGAAUGGCCACACUUUAAGAUUUCAUACACGGACUCAAAAAUUAGAACUACAUACUAAAUAAAUCAUUAGUACCACAUGUAAAAAUACUGCUGAUGAGGUUUCAUUUGAAUGGUAACUCAAUGGGAUUUCGUCCACAGACUCAAAAGUUAAAUACGUACUAAAAAUUGUGUCACGUGAAAGUACUGUUGAAGAGGUUUCAUUUGAAUGGUCACAUCACAGGAUUUCAUCCACUGACUCAAAAGUUAGAAUUACAGUUCAAAAACUCAUUAAUAAUUCGUAAGGAAAAAACAAAAGAAAAUUUUGUUUUUAUGAGUGUUUUUAUAUUUGAUAAAGACACGGCAAAAAUUUACGUCCAAUAUUAUAGACGAAAAUCACCCCAAAUCUAAACCUUAGUGCAAGAAUGAGUUGAUCUAUAUCAGUGAGUUGAUCUAUAUCGUGUAUUAUCAGGUUUAAAAAGUCUGGGCUUCGCCUCGAGUUUUUAAAACCUGAUAAUACACUCCUGCUCGUGUUUUAAACAGUACACAAUAAGUAAUAUUACCAUGUACAAGCGUUUAAAUGGUCACAUGAUAAAAUUUUGUAGGCAUCAUUGUUUUCUGUAUUGGGACCUAUAUUCCAUGCAAGCUGUGUCUUGGCAAGAGCUUGUUUAGUUUUCGUUUUUGUAUUCUCUUCAGCCCAAACAGCAGUUCGAAGAAGCAAUGAGAGACCUGAAAAUAUCCUGGAUAUCAAAGUAAGUCUCGUAUUAAGACAGCGAAUACGCUUCUGAGGUUGGGUCUCAAGAAACCGCGCCCUCACUGUCUCCCCUCCCUCCCCUCCCCCCUCUCCGUUAAGGUCUUUUUUCCUAGACUGGGGGUAUUUACAAUUUACAUGGAAAAACCUGAAAUUCCGGUUGGAAAAUCAAAUGGUUCUCGCCAUUCCGUUUGGGAAGCUUCGGGAAAGUCGGACCGUAAUUUCAGGCGGUGCAAUUGUUCUACUCUUUUUAGUCGGUUGAGCUGAUUUGUGUAGUACUUUGUGGCGGGUCGUUUUCUCACCAAGUCAAAUUUUAGAGUUAUCUGUUUAUGUACAAGAUUUCCACCCGGGUAGUUUGUGUACAUGUCUACUAUAUUCUUUAGUUCUUAUACACCUCCCCCUUUUUAAUUAGUCAGCCUUUAUUUUGUGUCGUCACGCGACGAUCCACUGACCUCCAUAAAAGAAAUGGCUGCGUAGGAAAGUACGAUUCUACAAUUUCAGUAUGGGUCUCCUUGGAACGCAUCCUUUUGAGAGUUACUUAUCGGUCGAGAGUACCUCAAACUUGCGCGAGAGAGGGAUCUCUCCCCUGCACGCCCGAUUUCUCCCCUUCCUUUUCGGACGCCUUCCACGCAGACCACUUUUUUAAUCAUCUUCCUUCUUCCUUCAGACUUGACGAUCUUAGCCUCUGUGAUGAGUUGGAAGAACAAUAUCCUGACCAUUUACCGCUCUAUGUUGCCAGACUCCAGUUCUUAGAUAAUUCCAAGGUAUGGAUUAUGUAAACGUUUGCUUAAUUUUACAGGAAACGUCGGUUGAAGUUCUAUUCGUUAGCAAGAACGCCUGGUCAUUCCACGCGCUCCCUUGCGCUCUCAGAUUACAACCGCGAAGGAAUUUGACAAAUUCUUACCAUCAGAAAACAGUACAUGGUGUUGUCGUAGUUAAUAAUAAUAGGAAUGGUUAUGAGGCCCGUCAGACAUUGUUACAUGUUUAUGUAGACUUGACGGUACACAAUGUUUAAUAGCAUUCGGAUUGCUAUUACAAAAAAUAAUGCACUUUAUUUGAGUGUCAAUGUAUUUAGCACGAACGUACUAACUGGGAGCACUAAUUUUAUGUCUCCAACUGGGGACGGGACCGCCAUUUUACGUGGUCAUCCGAGCCACGCGAAGGUUUAGCCGUUUGCAGUGCAAAGGGAGUACCUUCGUUUCUCAGUUAUUUUAAGAGCGAAUGCACAGAAAAAUCGAGCAAACCGUGGCCACAGCUCAAAACCUAACCUACCCUCAUUUUAAGUCUGUAAUAACGUUUUAAUAAGUUUAAAACACUGCUGAGGUUUAAAUUUCAAAAUGCGGCCAAAUUUGGGAAUUAUUUGGGAUUUUCGAUUUCAACGGUCUGCGGGCCUAAAAUUAGCCGCCAAACACGGCAAUAUAGCCUAGCGACAGAAAUGACCUGACUUUCAUAAACGAGCGAAUAUAUUGGCAAUCUUCCGCUUAAAUCUCAAAAAACAGAUAUUAGCAAUUUCUAAACAGCACAUUUUUUUAGAUUUAGAGCAUAAAAUAUCGACGAACGAGCACAAUUUUGAAACGUAAUUUGCAUAAUGCUUAUAAAUACAACAAUUUACCGCUAAAACCAAAAUCGAAUUUUCUAUAUGGGGGAAUUCUCCAAAUCACCCCAAAUCCCGCUUACUACCUAAUGAGAUAUAGUACUUCAACAUUAUCUGAAAGUUAGUCUGGUGUUCUCGCGAACGCUUGUAAAAUAGAUUGAUUAUUUUGAGGUUAUUUUGCCCCAAAGAACCGCUAAUUGAUCCCAGGGUCAGUUGACACGUGCACGUCACCUUAGUUUUUUAUGCAUCGAUUUGAGCUCGUUAAAAGGGAGAAACUAACAAGAUUUUUUUAAUAUGUACCUGUUUUAAUGAAAGACACGCAAUCCUCAAAAGGAGAGGCAGUUCAAUGGGUAAUGUCUGUUCUUGAGAUCUUGUAGAUUGUAGCAUGGCGUCUGCGAGUGGACCUGAAUCUAGGUCUGUUUUCCCGUGACUGCGAAAUCAGAAUAAGAUCAUGAAAUAAUUCUCGCUCGAACCUUCGUAAAUGAAUCCACUUUGCAGUGCCUUACCUGAGAUAAAAAGUGGGCCGAAUAGGAAAACAUUCUAGCGCAAUUUGGAUCCUUUGCAGCACGUAGUGUAUUUGCUAAGCGGUGUGGUAUCAGUGACUUUUAAUUAGUUACUCACCUCCGAUUGCGUGACCAGGCAAUUAUCGAUUGUCUCCUGCGAAAAAUAAGUGCACGGGAAACCAAAGCUUUCGGGAUACAGUAAAUUCAUUUUCCUGUAUGACCAGGUGUCCUUUUGUCCUAUUUUAAAAGAUGUUAACUAAGAUGAUUAGCAAACACACUGUCCCACUUGUAAAACUGGUACAGUGACUGGAUGUUCUGUUCUUCUGAUUUUACCCCCAACCCCGGAGUGUUCAGAAGAUAUAUUUGCACUACACAUGAAAGGCAAAUGGAUUAAAUUUUAAGGUUCAAGGCGGUUUUAAGGCAUGGGUUACCAGUGGAUUAGUCAGACUUGUCAUUAAGGUGCACUGAACGGAAAAUUACAGGCAUGAUAUCUCUGCUAUUGUAUAUAUGUCCAUUAAGUGAUUUUCCAGGAAACAUUUUUUGACUUUUUUACCCCAAACGUUUUUUCCGUUCAACUCUUAUCUAUGAGAUUUAAACUUAGUUAAAUUUCUGUAAUUUGUUGUUAAAUGCAAUUCUGCAAACAAAUAAGUAUUUAAUUUUGCGUAAAAGCUACAUGAAAUUGGACUGUUUAGCCGUAAAUCAUAAAAAAGAGAAAGCAUUUUCAAGUCUAGUAAGACUUAAGCAAUGGCAUUGCUUAAGUCCUAGUAGUUGUUCUCCAUGUCUGCUAAGGAGGAAAUAGUUUGCUCUUUUCAAGAAAUUUUUCUUGCCCAUUGCGGUUUCAAACCAAAGAUAGCAGCAAGUCUGUCGUGGUUAUAUACCGCUACUUCAGUGCAAACGAAGCAUAGGCGCACAAGUCAGCGCUUGCGUUUAGUCAAGUGCCGAAAAUGAAGUGGAGGGCGUCCAUGUUCGCUCCUGCUCGAAAAGGUAGAAUCAGUUAUGUAGUAAAAAGUAAUGCGAAAAACCUGCGGGGGCUGGGGAAAGAAAGGCGUCUUAUUUUUCUUUGGCUUGUUCUAUUUUCGCGACGUGGUACAGGCUACGAAAUACUGACAAGCUCUGUAUAUGUCUUCACCACCGAGAGUCACUUGCCCUUAGCCGGACACGCCCCUCACGAAUCAUGUUAAGUUCCUAAAGUUAUUUCAAAGCACAGAACCAAACCUAAUCAGCGGCCAAAGGCAGAAAAGGGGAUGAGCAAACGGAUGUCACAGCAUAUGUUGCAAGAAACUGGUAUCCUUGUGCCUAUCGGCUCUGGAACGAUUAAUUACUACUAGAAUUAAAGGAGCUGUGUCACGAAAUUCAGCCAAAUUAGGACAUUACAAAAUGCCCGUAAAAUUACGAGAAACAUAAAAAUAACCGCUUAAAACUUUAAAGGAAGGUUAAAGUGACAUAACAGAAACAACAGAUGCCACGGAUGGGCAAAACUGAAGAACAGUGAAACGGAUUGAAAUAAGGGUUUUUGAAAACUGUUCAGCCUAACAGUUUUUCAAAGUUGAUCCCUGCUGCUUGCAACUUCAAAAAUAAUGCUCAGGAGACAAAUUUGUUUUUCUCGGAUCUCUGAUUUUGUCAUUUACAUGUAAUUUCUUUGCUUACUUUAAGUUCCACAGCGAUUGAGGGCGAGUAAUUUGCAAAAUUAAACAAAAUGAACUGGACUGCCGUGACACAGCCCCUUUAAUAUCAGGGUCAGAAUUUGAGUGCUACAAUGGGAGGGAAGGAAGAAAAGGACACCGCCCCGCAGACCUGUCAAGUCUUUUAUAAACUUUCUCGUCCUGACGGUUUCAAGGAAGGGCGUUGUGGCUGCUAUAGAGUGUUUUCACAUGACGUCACGGCGGCCAUAUUGUUGUCCCAAAGCAAUGAAACGGCGGCCAUGUUGGUGUCCUAAACCAGUCCUGUGGGAGUUGAACUCCUUUCUUAUGCAAACGAUUUCUUUUGUUCCAAGAAAUGUGCAUAGAUGCUGGCCAUGUGAGUGAAAACACUCUAUUUAAUUUACAGUGUCUGUUGCAGGUGUCGAAUUAAUCUUACAGCAACUGGAAACGUGGCCACGCCUGCCUAAACUGAGAUUGGUUGUAGGAUGAACGGCUAUAGUUUGGUAUAUUCACGAGUGCGUUUUGUCCAGUGAACUGAGUGCGUAGUUUUUCUUAACGAAGGGAUGGGGUGGGUCAAGUGAAUAGUUCGGGGAACGUUUGCUCUCUUUAGAGGGGGGGGUAUAUUUGUUGAUAUCAGGAGUUCUGUCCUGAUAGAGUCGUUGUAAAGCUAUUUUUGCUUCGGAGUAUCGGUUUACCGGAAGCUGAGCAAGGAAAAGUCAAUGGUGCAUUUAUGGAAUAACAAUAGAGAUUCUCAUGGUCUAACAGUGCGAAGAUUAGACUUCUGGUAAGGUGGCAACGAUCAAGGCCCGCAUUAUAAUUCAUAAUAAUUGAAGGUCAUGAUGUGGAAAAAUCGACUGAAAUGGUGGAUGCCAUGCAAUCCUCUCGGGUGGGGGCGGCAUACCUGGCCUUUACGGUUGCCCCUGCGACAGAAUGCAAGCAUGCCCAGAUUGUCCACGGGUUGCUAAAUGAGACCGUCCCUUUCUUAGUACCCGUUCCCUGUCUUAUAAUUAGACCCGGGCAAAUUUCGCGAGAUUGCACCAUCAUUUUGGGCUUAAAGCUUCCAAAGACCAACAAUAAUAGCGCAUGUUCGCUAACAGUGUCGAUAACAGUUAAAAAGGUAUAUACAAGCCUCAUGCAAAAGACAGUGGGAAGGAAGUGCACGUCGGUGAUGGGGAAAAAGUUAUUUAGUUAUUUAGGGGUGGAUCUUUCGAAACAUUCUUAUACUAACUCUUGGACAGAUAUGCAUUGUUUAAAGUUUUAGACAAACCAGGUGUAAAUUUAUAGUACCAAACUGUUAAAUAUACAUAAGCAAGAUUUUUACGAAUCCUAUUUUUCGCUGGAGACUAUCGUUUACUGGCUGGUCACGAAAUCAAAGGUAACGUACUUUCCUACUCUUGUUUACUCACCUUUCGCUCUGCAAUACACUGCGUUCCACAAAGGAUCCAAAUUGCGCUAGAAAUGUUUUGCUAUUCGGCCCACUUUUUAUCUCAGGUAAGGCACUGCAAAGCUGAUUCACUUACGAAGAUUCGAGGGAGAAUUAUUUCUUGAUGUUAUUCUGAUUUCGCAGUCACGGGAAAACAGACCUAGACUCAGGUCCACUCGCAGACGCCAUGGUACAAUCUACAAGAUCUCAAGAACAGAAAUUACCCAUUGAACGGCCUCUCCUUUUGAAGAUUGCGUGUAUUUCAUUAAAAAAGGUACAUAUUAAAAGAAUCUUGUUAGUUUCGCCCUUUUAACGAGCUCAAAUCGAUGCAUAAAACUAAGGUGACGUGCACGUGUCAACUGACCCUGGGGUCAAUUAGCGGUUCUUUGGGGCAAAAUAACCUCAAAAUAAUCAAUCUAUUUUACAAGCAUUCGCGAGAACACCAGACUAACUUUCAGAUAACGUUGAAGUACUAUAUCUCAUUAGGUAGUAAGCGGGAUUUGGGGUGAUUUGGAGAAUUCCCCCAUAUAGAAAAUUCGAUUUUGGUUUUAGCGGUAAAUUGUUGUAUUUAUAAGCAUUAUGCAAAUUACGUUUCAAAAUUUUGCUGGUUCGUCGAUGUUUUAUGCUCUAAAUCUAAAAAAUGUGCCGUUGAGAAAUUGUUAGAUAUCUGCUUUUUGAGAUUUAAGUGGAAGAUUGCCGAUAUAUUCGCUCGUUUAUGAAAGUCAGCUCAUUUCUGUCGCUAGGCUAUAUAUUGCCGUGUUCGGCGGCUAAUUUUAGGUCCGCAGACCGUUGAAAUUGAAAAUCUUAAAUAAUUCCCAAACUCGGCCGCAUUUUGAAAUUUAAACCUCAGCAGUGUUAUAAACUCAUUAAAACCUUAUUACAGACUGAAAAUGAGGGUAAGUUAGGUUUUGAGCUGUGGCCACGAUUUGCCGAUUUUGCUCGAUUUUUCUGUGCAUUCGCUCUUAAGACCCUGAGUAUUGGUCCGGCCCCGGGAAUCGAACUCGCGGCCUCCCGCUCUGCAGUCAAGCGCUCUACCGACUGAGCUAUUCCUGCCGCGUUUUUUAUUGGUCAGUAAGAUUAAAAUGAUAGGAAUGAUUCCUAGCAUUUUGAUCUUACUGACCAAUAAAAACGUCGCAUUAAUGUAGUCCGUCACAAUUUGUGAACAAAAUUCAAAGAUCUGUACACAGCCAAGGAGCUUCAAACAUAAACUGCAGCACCGUCAUUUUGCUCUUGAUUUUUACUUCCUUUCAUAACCAGUCACCUCUACUAACUAUGGUUUUAUGUAAUUCUACCGUGGUGCGUUGAAAGUAUGUUUUUCUCUUCGAAUUCCUUUUAUAUAGGAACGCCUUAAAAGACUUCCACAAAUAAUAGACGCAGCGGAGAAGGUCGUACAGUUGGUAAGGCCAAAGAUAUGACAUAGAUACUACCACAAAUAUAAUUUAUGCCCCAUUUGCACAAACUAGAUAAUUAUGUUUCUUUGAUCAAACUAGGUUUUAAAAAUAGAAAAUAGUAUCAGAAAACUAGAACACAUGCUUUUACGCAGAAUUCAAAUGAAGUUUAACGCGUUACGUAAAUAAGCAGAUUUUACACAAGUUUAAGCUUUGGGGUGAAUGGCACUUCCGUUACAGGCUUGCGAAAGGGAGUAGUUGGAGCCUUGACACCCAAUACCCAGAUAUGGUCUUCAGGUCGUCAGGCUGAAAUAUGAUUGCGAAAAUCCGAAUGCAAGCCCAGUUAGUCCUCUGUUAACUUUGCUAUGCAUACACUUUUAAAAACGCGAUCGACCUUUAGUUCGUUCUGGCUCUAUUGGGGAUAUGAAUCAUCUUCUGAUCAACAGUGAUUUAGUGAAAAAGAAACAUGUAAAUAGAAGCUUAAAACGUGGACGGUUCGGCAUCAUCGCAACCUUGACUUUCUGCGCUUUUAUUUACAUUAAUCAUCUUACCUUCUUUAUGUGAGACGUGCCAAGACACAUUACCCCCACCACCCCCCGUCCCCGCAACAAAAACAAAAAAGAUUUCAUGCAAGUCAGACCCAAAUUAACCAAGGGACAGGCGAAGCACCUUGCUUGAGCCCUGAUAUUCUUGCAGUAAUUGUUUGUUCGACUGAGCAGCCGAGCGUUGCUGGUUCACUUCGGUGCCGUUUGGGCAAAACAAAAGUAAUUAUGAACGGACGAAUGAUAUCUCAUAUCUUGAAGAAAGCACGUGUACAACAGCAGGCAACAAGUGCGAGAAACGCGCUAAAGGUUGCCCCAAACUCAGUCUCAUUUUCCCUCUUGAUUCGUUGACAAGUUGGUACCAAGCUAGACUUGCUACAAGUCGACCUCUCUUGGCGAGCGGAAGGAGUCUUUUUUGGCCGCGAAGCGGCGGACCACGAGCGACGAAGUCGCGAGAACAUAUGGAAUCCGACGAAGGACUGUUUUGAAAGUCUAGUACCAGGCUUCCAAUUGUUCAAAAGGAGGAAAUUGCUGUCCACUGGAGAAAUUUCUAUCCAGCGGAUGACGUAGUUGGUGUAUAUUUAUCUACUGGAUAGCGGUGGUUGCUCUAUCCACCCUUUGUAGGAAUCACAAGCAUAGUGAUGCAAAACUAAAUCAAAAACGAAAACCGCUUUAUUUUAAGGUCUUAAUUGAUUGAGCAACGUUUUUGUCCCAUCUGUGUUUAGAUAGACCGCGUUGACCUAUCCAGCUAUUUCGGCAUGAAAACUGAUCUACGCCCAGAUGCCGCCACCAUCAAGAGGUACUCUUCGCCUUGUUUGUAUACUGUUUUUAACGAAUGAUCUCACUACUCCGCGCGCGAGGGACGGUCGGAAGAGCGCAAAUGCGUGAAUGCCUCUUUCUCUCUCCCAUUCCCAUCAUUCCCUGCGCACUGUCUUUCCCAUCUCUCCCCAGCCUCCUGGUGGCACAAGGAGGCCUCUGUUGAGGCAGAGGUAGCUGAUGAUGUGAUAUUCGGUAAAGAAAUAUCAAAUAUCGCAAAUGAUUGAAAAAAAAAACACAAACGUUUCGGGUUUAUGACCCUUCUUCGGUGUGAGAAAAAACCGUUGAGGGGAGAGAUGUAUGAUGAUAUCAUUAUGUUAUCAUCUUUGGGACCCAAUGUUGUAGUGAAUUUCAAGUUUAAAGAAUGAAUGGAGUUGCAGAAGGAAUGAACUACUCCCAACCAUAAACAGUUUUAUAGUUAGAAUAAACGGUAAAUAUGAAAUAGAAAAAUAUAUUUUCACUAAGAAUAAGAAUUUACAAAAAUUAAUGGACAAAUGGACUUUGUAAUCUAGGUAGUUUUUCUUCUUUUGAAAACAUGAUUAGUUUCUUCUUUUUAGGAUAGCACUUGUAAAUAACAGUAGGCAUUGCCUUGUGUGUAAUAGGACAAUUGCACGAUGACGAUAUUUGACUACAACUACCACAAUUCAUUUCGGUUUUGCUUUGUUAUUUAAAUUUGUCAAUCCCGCUGAGGAUUACAGAACAAUAGCCUUAAUUUGCAUAAGAAAACAACAAACUCAAGGAUUCUGGUAGUUGUAGUCAAAUGACGUCAUCGUGCAAUUGUCCUAUUGUGGAAUUGCACGUGUGCUUAGGUGUGUAGUAAGUUUGUGCAUGUGAUAAUAAUUGUAAUUGUUGUAAUUGUUGUACUUUGGAAUAGCAAAUGAAAUUAAAAAAAAAAAAGUUUAAAGAAUGAAAAUGACUCUUUGACGGAUCUGUUACAAGUUAGUUUAAAAUGCUAAGGUUACAAACGUGUUCUGUAAACGAGCGAAUUCAAGUGAAGUCACGUCGUCCAUUGUGGUGUGCUGAAAAUAGCGGCAUAACGGUGUACCAUUUCAAUCCUGUGGGAGUUGAACUCUCCAAGAAAUAAAAAAACUUUCUUUUGUUCCAAGAAAUUUAACGUAGUCGUGGUCACGAGAAAGGAAGCAGCUUCAUUUUUCAUUGUUAGAUUUAUUCCAGUUGUCCACCAAUUAUGGAGCGUUUUCACAUGACGUCACGGCGGCCAUAUUGGUGUUCCAAACCAAUCCUAUAGGAGUUGAACUCUUUUCUUAUGUAAACACUCUCGUUUGUUCCCAUAAAUUUGUAUAGAUGCUGGUCACGUGAGUGAAAACGCUCUAUUAAAGUGGGGAUUGGUUGUCGUAUACUGUUUGUACUUGAGUGAAAAGCUCUCGCUUUCAGCGUUUAAAGCAUGUAUUAUAAUACCAGUUUAGCGUAUAUUUUGGGGGGCUGAUGAAUCGAGUCCUCUGCUAUCUUGCGGCUUACAAAUUCUGAUUCCUGGUUUAUUCUGUCUUUAAUAGUGAGAAGGAGAACCAGAAAGCUGCGCUUGUGGAUGCGUUAUGUCGUAAGGUAAGGUUGGCAUAAAAGUUCGAUUAUAAGAUCUUAUAAGUCUGUUAAAUGCGUAUUCAUCAUACACCCUAUUUUAUUGAAUGCUAGUGGUGUAGCAAAAAAAAAGGCGGUACGUGAAAAGUGCAAGAAACGAGGGCCUCUCGAGUUUGCGCCCUCGCUUCUCGCGGCUUGCAGUUUCGUCGUUCGCCGCUUGGCAAUCAGUGUAAGGAUAGACUUCCAUUGUCGCGUAACUUUCACAUAAGUACGCACGUAAAUUGUACGCGCCUGAAUGAAAUAGAGGCAGUGUAUGGAAGGUCACGCGUAAAUGUUAAAGUUGAACGGGGUCAACUUUUACAUUUACGCGUGACCUUCCAUACAUUGCCUCUAUUUUAUCAACGCGCGUAAAAUUUACGUGCGUACUUACGUGAAAGUUAUGCGACAAUGGAAAUCUACCCUAAGAGCUCUCUUACGAAACACGCGUUUGCUACACGCCACUUAGCGGUCUUUCCCUGUAGCUGGUCAACUGAAAUGCACGCUGACAAGAAUUGUUUAGUAAGUUUGGGAAAAGAGAAAACUGUUUUUUCUUUUUCAUUACACGGCAUAAACAGAUGAUGGAAACUUCUGAUUGUGCAUGAUAAAACUAACCAUCCGACAUAACAAUGACAAGUGCUUGACCCAUAUGUUUUUAGGGAAUUGCUUAUGCUGAUAUGAUUCUAAGUAAACCUUCAGACGCCAUCAGCAGCGACCAGCCUUCAGGUAUGUUUUCGAUCACGUACGUUUGAAUUUCGUUUGAACUUCCCUAAACUAACCCCGCUACAAUCUGUCAGUCCGAUAAACCACUCAGGCAAUGUUCACACUAUACUAGAGUAUGAACAGCAACGACACAAAACUGGUACAAGUCGUUCACACACGGCAAACAUCGUGUCGAAGGGGUUGACCGAGAGAUGGCCGAGAGUCUGGCCGAGACGGUGUGGUUCUCUAAAUCCCAGUCCUCACUCCCGAACGUUACCUUCCGUCUCAGAUGAUUCCAGUCCCCGCUCCCACUUAAUAGAGAGCUUUAGAUUGGAGGACAAGGACGACUACGACUAAGAGAUUUGACUUAAAGUGUUUUCGCGUAUUCUUUAAAUACAGACUCCCCGGAAAGCUUCAUUUUACCAUUCUUCACUAGAAAAGUUAGCACUGUUACCUUUAGUGAAGGAGGUUAACGCCCUCUCCCGGUAGCAAAAUGAUAAAACUUCUACCCUUCUGGAACUUGUUUCCGCCACUUCGACAUUCUCGCAAAGACUCGUAGUAGAGUGACGACGGCUACCACGUUUUCCCGCCAAAAUGACGCUGGUUCACGCGCGAGCACUACCCAUUACUGAGGAAAUCUCGUGCUCGUAGUCGUACUCGUCUUAGAAUCUAAAGCUGUCCAUUAACUUCCGCUACGGUCCGAAUUCCUGUUCGCGCAACACCAAAGUGUGACACAGAACCUAUCCGAUCUGUGACGCUCCCCUUUCGAGAUCAGCGCGGCUCAGCUUCCCUUAGCCUCCCACACAGACGAUCUUAAGGCUUCGUGGGGCAGGAACGCGUGACGAACCCCUAAGAACGUCUGCGUGGGAGGCUAAGCUUCCCUCCGCUGCAGAAAUCACGUCGACAUAACCGUUCUUAUGCCUGAACGGAAGCCCUAUCCGUUAUGGUUUUCGUGCCGGCGCUAAAGCUAUCUGGUAAAGUGUGAACAUAACCCAGAUCCUCGUAACGUGAUGAGAUUAAUCGAGUAACACGGAUACAAAUUCACCUUGGAUAAAAGCGCUCCUUGGAUUGUAAGUUUUUAAAAUCUUCAGACUGGGAGCCGAAAGUGCCCUUUUAUUAAGACUACGUUCAGACAAAAAAUUGAUGCAUAUUUGAUAUUUCUUGGCAGUUGAACAAGAUGUCAGUAGUUCAGAGGACAAAACAGGGACCUACGACGCAAUUUGUGAGUACCAUUUUUGUGAACAUUUCUCUCUACCUGUACCAUCUUAAAGCGUUAAGUCUUCACAACGUGUAAUCAAUUGCAGGACGUCAAGAGAAUUGAGGAUUUCGUGCCGCCUAAACUAAUUUCGUGAUAUACCCUUUGUCAACGUCACAUCUAUCAAGUCAUGAAUUAAGGAUAGCGCUAAAAAAGAGAAUUUGCUUACUGACUCUCCAGAUAGAAGUAAAGUAAAGUAAAUUAUCUUAUUUUUUUUCCAUAUUUUGCCCUAACAAUUGUUCUUCCCUAGGCCAGGUUCGAGCCUCACGGCAUAAGAGACCUUAAAAUUUUAAGACGAAGACGGCUACGAGAACGAGAUUUACUCAAUACUAAGUAGUGCGCGCGGGUGAACCAGCGUCAUUCUGGCGGGAAAACUUGAUAGCCGUCGUCAUUCCACUACCAAUUUUAUCGAAAUGUCGUCGUGACGGAUACAAGUUGUCAAAUGUUUGAAGUUUUAUCAUUUUUCGUUUGGGAGAAGGGUUAACAUUACUGUGUGAACUUUUCUGGUGAAAAAAAUAAAAUAAAAUAAAAUGAAACUUUUUUUCGGGUUGUCUGUUUUUUAAGAAUACGCAAAAGAAACUUUAAGUCAAAUCUCGUCCUUGCAGUCAUCCUCGUCCCCGAUCUCCCGGCGGCAAUAUCUACAGAAACGCCUGGAUAUAAGCUCUGACUGCGUGAGCACCUGCCUCCUGCGAGGCUUUAAAGACAAACGAGAUGCGUGGGAGCUGGACACAAGCGAGAUAAGCGAGAGAGAAUGACUCGAAAGAGCGCAGGGCGCCAGCGGGGAGUCACUCCUUUUCUCCCGUGCUUUACUUAAUAAUUAACUCAAAUAUUCCACCCUCCCCUACCCCCACCAAAAAAAGAUCGUGAGCCAGAGGGGACGAGGCAGCGUAAGCACCGUAAAUCGCAAUCAGCCUUUACUAUUUUACCUUCUUCUCAAGGCUUAAGUUUGAGCGUGCAAGGAUAGGGUCCCCUCCCCUCCCCCCAACCUCCCGCCCCAUCCCCAUCGGCCGCCUGGCAGCAUCAUUGCUAGCGGCAAUCUUUGACGUUAAGACCACGAUCCUUUUAUGUUUCUAAUUUUUAUUCUUUUCACUUCUAUUAGAUGACAAAAUAAGCGAAACUUUCAACGAGCUUGUCAAAUGGGUGGACGUUUCAGAUGCAAAAGUAAGUGUAACAGGAACGUAUGUUAUGUUUUGAGUUCAAGGCAACACAAAACACGGAGAUAGUCACUCAGUAAUUGCAAAGCUGUCACCAUUAUAAAAAGGGCGUUUUUAAAAUCCUGCACCACAAAACGUUUACAUUGCCAUAAUGUGAGAACUUAUACAUGAAACUAUCUACAAUCAUGAUACACUGCAUUACAAACAAUAAUUACAAUGAUCGAGGUUUACAAUUCACUUACAAAAGAAAUACCUACAGCAGAGAAGGGGUCCCAGUGGAAUCUAUUCAUGUUUCCAGUAGAAUAAAUUCGUGUGUAUUGAACAAUCCUCGUAUGCUAGUGAGCAAAGAGUGGGCAUUCUUGAGACGGACUAAGAGAAUGCCAAAAAUUACUGUACUCCACAUGCAACUUUCAUUUUCAGGUCUUGCCGUUUUACAUUCGCCGAGCGGAAGCACUGAAACUCUACGGUUUGGCACUUAAGGCCUCCAUGAAACAAAAUGGAGACGGCAAUCCCAAGGCAGCUGACGAGAAGAAUAUUGAGGUAUAAAUGUGCUCUCUUUUUUUCGGUCUUGAAGCGUAAAUAAUUUUUUUAAUAUUCAGAGCUACACUCUUUGCUAGGAUUACUCUUGCCUGUAAGCAAGCUUUCCGGGCUGCUUUGGCCGUCAUCCCCGUACCCCCGGGAACUCCGAUAGAGUUUGCUUGCUGGCUAGGAUUACUCCGGCUGCUAACUGGACACUACUUUGUGCAAAGCUUGCUGCGGCGAAGUCGCAUUCCUUUGAGGGCUCAUACAAUUUUUUUUUGUUGUCAUUUUUCAGUUGUGCGAGAAGCUCGGUUGGGAACAUUGUGCCAACUCCAUCAGAGCAAGCCUUCUAAUCAAGUAUCCUGCAAAAUAUCAACCCUUUUAAUCAGUUCUUCAUGUUAGACUCACUGAGUUUUACAUUUCACACGCCACGUGGACAUCUCCCAUAAUGCACCUUAUUUGCCCCCCCCAAAAUUUUGUAUCUCCUUUGUUUUUCAUUUCUCCUGGGCCCAGUUGUUCGAAGGCCGAUUAGCGCUUAACCCUGGUUUCUCUUUCGUGUGUUCAAAAGCAUUUUCUGGGAUAAUUUUCUCCGUUAUAUUUAAAGCUUUCAAUCAUCAACUUGUGGACAAAAAGAAUUAAAACUGAACAACUCGGCCCUGGGUAUUACAGCCGUCCCAAGAGAAAUUGAAAACAAAGCUUAUGCAAAAUUUGGGGGUUGGGUGGGGGGGCAAAUAAGGUGCAUUAUGGGAGUUGUGCAAGUAGCGUAUUUUUAGGUCGGUAGGAAGAUGCUUCCGAAACACAAGCAACCACUCAAUAAUCUUAACAUAAUGCAACCGGGAUAAAUUUUGGUGUCGUUUUUAUUACAUCCAGAAUGGAAGAAAUAUUUUUCUCAUUUUUUCAGUUCUCGAGCAAUAUUUUCUACUGGAUUGUUAGGAGAUAUGAAUACUGCCGGACUGUUGUUUUAUUUGAAAAGCUAAACAUCAGGAUUUUCAGUUAGAACCAAUACAACUUGUAUAGCAUUCUAAACAGAAUCCAACUAGCUUUCACUAUUGCGAAAGAUUAUUUCGUUUCAUAAAUUGAUACUGAAUAGUUUUGAAUCGUGAAUCAACAAGAUCUUAACUUUUUCGCUCCAACUUGGUAUGUAGGGUAUUAUUCUAAGUGUAAUGACUCCUUUGAAAAAAAGAACAGACAGGGAGGAGGAAAGGACGGGCGGACGGAUGGACGAACGAAAGAAAGGAUGCAGUGAAAGGUUCGGCUCAGUGCUGUCAGUAGCCCGGGAUUGUGGGUUCCUGAUUUAGUCCAUAUUUUUGCAAUUGUAGCAAUGUUUUAGUAAAGAAAGAAAAAAUCCCAACACGCAAUAUUUGUUCGUCUUCGUACUUGUUUUCUUUCUUUUUCACAAAAAAGUGUUAAAAUCUACACUUCCUUGGGGCCUUCUUGCGAAGGCUUGAAUCUUUUAGGUGACAACGUCAGUGAUAUAUGUGUAUUUCAGCUAGUCUGCUACACAGCCGUUUUUAGUGUCGUCACGCAACGCUCCUCUGGGGAAGAGCGUUAUGUGACGACUCUUAAA